AAUCCCAAGCGCACGCGCAUGGGCCACCACAGAUGACUCCUAUGCCAGCCCCGCUCCCUUGGAGCGGUGGCUCUAGCGUCCCCUCCCAUGCUAAUAACACGCAUACACAUGGCCUGCAGCUGCCUCCACCGGUUUCUCGCUUCGCUGGUGCUCCACAUCUGACUCGUGGGUUUGCGUAUCCGCUGAAUGCGACCACCUCAGGAAGGCAGGAUGGAGCAGAGGGCGACGGAAACCUUGAUAAGGGCAAAACGGCGGGCUUGAAUGGAGGAGCGGGAAUGAUCCCGAAGAGAGAAGAAGAGGGUGAUACACACCUAUCAACGGGUAUGUACAGCGCUGUGGCUGGCGACAGUCCAUAUGCGCCAAGACACGCGCCCGGAAGGCAUCAGCAGCACGAAUCCUUGCAUUCUAUUUCGCCUACGAGUGCUACUGCGCCAAGCCCGGCUUUGACAUUCUCUGCAGCUUCCCGACAACACCAUCCUCAGCUUCCCUCACCGCAUACGCACCAGCAGAAUUAUCAUGAACAUUCGCAGCAGACUGUGCAACGUGGAAUGGCCGGAUCGUCAUCGCACCAACAGCAGUCGCAGAGCCAUUACCAUAAUCCGCAGCACCAUCAACACCAGCAAGGCGGGACUACGCUUCCUUCACCACACUCGCCCUACUCGCCUGUCGGGCCUGCUGUACCAUUCCGCGGAUACGAGGAGGAGCGGUACCACCCUGAAGCGCACCAUCAGCAUCACCAAGCGGGCCCGCAAAAUCAGAGCCAGAACCAAGACUAUCUGUGGCAGACUGGCACUGUGUAUGGAAACUAAGUGCAACACUGCCGCUACCUGGCUUCUGAAUGCGUGGACCGAGGGUUGGUGUUUGAUCUGUGUGACUGGAUGCUUGGGUAGUUGGAAGAGUGGAAAUCUAGGCUUUCGUGCCGUGAUGGAAAGCACCUCACGACAAUGGAGGUCUAUUAUAGACAAGAAGAGGACGAAGACUACCACUAUCUUCACCCCAACUCAUACACGGAUCAAUCGCUUACGACACUAACAAUUAUUUUCUAUGCAUUAGCUGAUUUAGGCUCUCAUUCGCACCGGGGCAGCACAUU